AUGGGAACUGACUCCGGGUUAAAUGUUCAACCUGUCUCCAGACGCGGAUCCGCAGUUGGCUCGGAGAUCAGGGGAUCUGAUCCUGCUCCUAGAGUUAGAAAGAAUUCGCUAGGUUCUCCGAUAAAUCAGCUUAGAAGUCCAGUGCCUAGCAGGAGAAACAUGCAAAGUGUUAUUUCAAGUAGACCGUCCAGUAGAAGCAGCAGUAAUGGUUCUCGAACCUCUCGCUCCUCUCGUUCCUUCUACGGACACGGAGUACAUGAUUCCAUCGGACCCGUCCUAGACGGUAAUAUCAGGGUUCUCACUGCAGUAGACUGUGGAAACGAGAUAUUCAGUCUGAGGUAUACAGAGGACGGAUCUGAUGUGUGUGUUGGAUUGAUGGAUGGAUCAAUAAAAGUGAUAAAUCCUCCCUCAAACCAGAUCAUUUCUGUUCUAGCUAGUCAAGAAACUGCCAGGAAUGCAUCUCUACUGAGAUAA